AUGGGUAACGACGGCGGCUCCAUCCCCAAGCGUCACGAGCUUGUCAAGAAUGCGGCGCGCGCUCCCACCACAUCCGAACUCAAAGCGACAACUCUCGAAGCCCUUGCUCAUGCCUGGUCCCAUUGUGCGCUCAGCGGCGAACCUCUCGAUAUCGAUACUCUUGUCUCCGACUGGCGCGGACGCCUGUACAACUACGAAGCGAUCCUAAAUGGUCUCAUGCCCUCAGACGAACCCGUCGACAUCACACCCGCGAGCCUAGGCAUUAAAUCACUGCGCGACGUGACAAAACUCAAGGUUUCCAAGGAUGGCGACAAGCUGGUGUGCCCCAUCUCCAUGAAGGAGCUGGGUACUUCUGUCAAGUCUGUCUACCUGGUACCUUGCGGGCAUGUCUUUGCAGACGUAGCGAUCAAGGAGAUCCAAGAAAAGACUUGUCCCGAAUGCGGCACCGAGUUCGAACAAGAAAACAUCAUUACACUUAUUGCACACACAAAAGAAGAUGUGGAGCGAUUGGAAAAGAGGGUCGAGAACCUCAAGAGCCAGGGAUUGACACAUACUUUGAAGAAGGACAAGUCGGAAAAGAAGAAGAAGCGCAAGGGCGACGACGUGAAGGAGGAGGAUAAGGCGUCUAGUGCUGAGAAGGCAAAGAAGAAGGAGGAUGCUAGGAUCAGCGGUAUCAACAAUUCUUUUGCUGCGUCGCUGACGGCAAAGGUAAUGGCUGAGCAGGAUGAACGGAAUAAGAGGCGGAAGUUGGUGGCAGAGUCGAGAAGAGAGGCUGCCAGAGGUUGA